UGUAAAAAGCGGAAAGAUGUUUUGUAACAAUAAGCAAUCGGAUCCGGCCGAGCGCAGGUCUAGGGAAAUCGAACGCGAGUUAGAGUACGACGCAAAAAUUCAAUCCGAGUACAAAAAGUUACUGCUGCUGGGCACCGGCGAAGUCGGCAAGACCACCAUCAUCAAACAGAUGAAGAUUAUUCACAUCAAUGGAUUCACCGAGGACGAACGAAAAGAAAAGGUACCAUUCAUCAAACAGAAUAUCCACGAAUCCAUUUAUCAAAUUGUUAAGCAUAUGGAUUUGUUGAGUCCUCCGGUGUUAUUAGCGGACGAGACUAAUAACAGAUCAUCAGUGGAAUUUAUUAUGAAAAUUGGACCCAAAGAACCAGACAACUUCACCAAUGAAUAUUUUGACCACGUCAAAGGGCUAUGGGCCGAUUCUGGUGUUAAAGAGUGCUUCAACAGAUCCAAUGAAUACCAACUGAUCGACAGCGCUGAACAUUUCUUAAACCAAAUCGACGUGAUUCGGGAGUCUAGCUAUGUUCCGAAUACACAGGAUAUUCUUUUCUGUCGUAUCAUGACCACUAGCAUCUCCAAAAUUCAAUUCGAAAUGAAUGUUUCUAAGAAGUAUGGGGGAGGCGUCGCCAAGUUCUGGAUGUAUGAUGUAGGCGGUCAAAGAGGACACCAGAAGAAGUGGAUUUCGGUGUUCGAAGGUAUCCACGCAGUAUUAUUUUUAAUAGCAGCCAGCGAUUUUGAUCAAACCUUGCGAGAGGAUGAGAAAAAGAAUCGUUUGAAAGAGUCUUUAGAAAUCUUCGAGAACAUUUAUUGGGGCAGAUAUCUGCGGCAGGCCGGCAUGAUUGUAUUUCUGAACAAGCAGGACAUUCUCCAGAGAAAAAUCGAGAACGGAAAGCGCAUUGAUAAAUAUUUCCCAGAUUACAAAACAUACAAACCAACAGCGAAAGAAGGCAACCCAGGCAGCGAGUACGAAAAAGCCAAGCUUUUUAUGAGGCAGAAAUUAAUUGAUAUCACCAAAAAGAAGCCAGAUCCCGAGUUGCUCUACGUAGCUGGAUUUACAAUGGAGCAGGAAAUUGAAGAUAGAGAUAUUUACGUGCAUUUUACUGUUGCAACCGAUACGAACAACAUUAAAAAAGUUUUCGACAGUAUUCAUGAUAUAAUACUUAAACAAAACUUGAGCUCUGCAGUAUUUUAAGGAGUUUCCAUCAUUAUAUUUAAAAAUAAUACAUGCAAUAAAUUAUAUAUAUAUAUAUUUAUUAUCAUAUGUGGUAAUAUC